AAUUGACUCGCCUCUGCUGUUUACUACAAAAUUGUUUAUGUAUUUUUAUUUUCUUCUGCUAAAGCCGUCAACAAUACAAUUUUCAAUCAUAAAAUUAAAAAUAACUGAAAAGCAUUGACCAAAAUGCUACACCAAGAGAGUGAAAGUUCUGGUGGUAGACCCCGGCACACAUAUUGGCGUGGAUUUAUACGAAUUUCCGACAGAGGAAAAAGUGUAGCUCAGUGCAUGAAAUGCAGGAGUCUUAUCAAGAAUACUGCAGUCGCAAGGAUGUCGGCUCAUCGGAAAAAGUGUCCAAUAGAUAUGGAUGACAGUAUGGGAGCCUACGAAGGUCAAUGGGAUGAACAAGCAAAUACUCAGAAUUCCCAGCCAGUAAAAUCAAAGAAAGUAGCAAAUAAAGACUUAAAUGAGAGCGAAUCUACGAAAGCUCUUGGCGGUGGCAGACCAAAUCACAAAUUUUGGUGUGGCUAUACUAAAGUAUCACUAAAUGGAAGAACUUCAGCCCGAUGUAUUAAAUGUAAGAAUCUAUUUAGAAAUACGUCAUCCUCUCGAAUGGGAGCACAUUUGCAGAAGUGUCAGCUGAAUCUUUAUCAAACAAUAUGUGCUAAUGGCGAUCAUCACUUGUCGCAAGAGCCAAUAAUUGAUAAUGAACAAUCUCUAGCGGAUACAAAAUCUGAUUUGAACGUGAUGCGUACGUUUGAAUCACCCCAUGAAAUUGAUGGAGAUGACACCACUGGCGAUAGAAAUAAGUUAAAGCACCGAUAUUGGGAUGGCUUUACACGAAUUUAUGAAAAUGGAAAAACCGUAGCGCAAUGUUGUAAAUGUGAGCAGUUCAUAAGAAAUACUGCCUAUGUCAGAUUGAAGGCUCAUCGGAAGAAAUGUCAGGAUGGCGGUGACGUAUCAAUGAACGAAGACGAGAACAAGCCACUGGAAUCAGCAGAAACUGAAGAUUUCCACAAUAUUCUGUCAGCGUCUUCCUCUUCCUCCUCACCACCCGAACCUGCAAUUUUUUUCGACAUUGAUAAGUUUACGUCAAGCCCUUUGAAAACAGAGAAGUUGACAAAAGCAGAAAAAACGAAACUCGAUACACUACUGGCAAAAUUUUUCAUUGCCUCUAGUGUACCUUUUGCUGCUAUCGAUAGUAAAUUCUUUAAAGAUUUUUGUGGAGAACUACAGGCGUCAUAUAUCCCACCAAGUAAAAGUCACCUGGUCGGUCCUCUGCUAGAGAAAUUACACAAGGAACAAAUGGAUAAUAAUGCUACAUUUAUGCACACAAUUUCCAGUGCUGUUUUACUAAUUGAUGAGUGGAAAAUUCAAGGAGGAGAUAUAACAAAUAUUACGGUUUUGUUGCACAACUGGGGUCACCGGGUUCACCUUGAAUCAUUUGAUAUUUCUGAUUGUGAUACAACUCUUCCAAGUGUGCUCGACGAAACUAUAAGACGAUGUAAGGAUCAAGUCAAUGAAACUUAUAAAGUUGACAUUUUCGCCGUUGUGAUAAAUACCGAGUGCAAUAACGAACCAUUAGUCUUAAAUAGCGAUUUAAUGCAGAGUACAUGCAAUGCAAAAAUUGGAGAAUUGCUUGUUAAAGAUAUUAUUAAAAAGUAUUGUGGUAUUUCUACAGAUAAUCGCAUAAAUCAGCCAUGUGUUCCACGUCAUAAUAAAAAUAAAGGUGUUGGUACACUUGAUAAUUUGUAUAGCAUUCUCAGUGAAUUCAAAAGACCCCAUUUAGAGAAAAAGUUAUGUUAUCUUGGUGGAACUAAAGCAAAAUUACCAUGUGAUACUGCCAGGAGCAGUGAGCGGGACUGUCUUUCAUGGUUUCGCGAAAAUCUUUCCAGAAUGAAGGAAAUUGCCGCCGAAGUAGAUAAUCAAAGAGUAUCAAUCGUGAAAACGGAAAUCAACCAAUUACUUCAUAAUGAUAACUUCAUACAAUCCGUUGUAAAUUUACAUGAUCUAUUAAAUCCUGUUGCUGUACUUUUAAAAAAUUGUAAAAAAUCAAUUAAUUCAAUUGCUGAUGCGUCAGAGGAAUGGCUAGAUCUUCUUGCCGAUGCUUCAAAGGAGUUGCAUGAUAUAGCAAGUAAACGAUGUGAAGAAAGCAAUGUAUUCAAUAAAUAUGCACUAAGUGCAAAUUUUUUACAUCCUCUGUAUCGGGGUGCCCAAUUGUCUAGCGAACAAAUGACAGUAGUUGAAAAUUUUAUGCAUGAACGAUUGGAUCGAGAUGGCUUGUUGUCAUUUGCCGAGUACAAAAAAUCAACUGGAAUAUUUGAACUCCUUACUGCAAAGACAACACAACCUGAUAUAUUUUGGAAUAUGGCGAAAAAUCAACAUAGCUCAUUGGCAUCAUUCGCCCUAAAAAUAUUAAUGAUACCGGCAUCAACGGCACAAAUAAAACAUAUUGUAUCCAAUGCCAGUUGUGAUUUAAGAAAUCAAUUCAAUUCAGAACGUUCAAAAAAAUUGCUAGAAGUUUAUCUCUCACUUAAACUGAAUGAUCAAUGUGGUGAGAUUUAUUCAAAUAUUGAUGGCGGAACUGAUUCAUCUGAUGAUAGCUUAUAAAUUUAUGAUUUUUACACAUAUAUACUUUACAUUUAGUAUUAUUGGUUAGGGAUUUAGUUUAUAUUAAAUGUAUUUAACUUAUACAGUACCUUAAGUGUAAAAAAAAAACUAUUAUGAUAAUGUUUUAGUAUUAGUUGUCAUACUAAUAGCGAUUUUAUAAUAUAUCAAAUACUUUUGAAAAAUGUUUGAUCUAUCCACGAUAACUUUUUCAUUUAUCUUACAUACCAUUUACUUUUGGAAUUAUUUUGCCAAUGUAUGUUGCAGAGGAAUAUGAUAAGCCACUAAAAAUACAAAAAGUUAGAACAAAAUUAAAAAGGUAAUGUACCAAAAAGAA